GCACUUCAGGGGUGAGCUGAGUCGUACUGCCCCGGGUAGGUGGACGAUCGCUGCGGAAGACAUAGAGCUCGCCCACAUGAAAGAGGAGUUCCAGGUAAUCAAAUACGAGAUGUUGGAACGGCUGAAAGCGCUAGACGAGAGCCGCAUGUUGCAGACAGAGGACAUGCCACCCUCGGUGGUCGAGCGGCUGUCGUCCCAGUAUGAUGAGCUGCACAAGUUCGAUGAUAGCAUAUCGCGGGUCUUGGACAACCUAUGGUUGUUGAUCUGUGGAACACUCUUGAUGUACAUGCACGUCGGCUUCGCUCUGGUAGAGACGGGCACUUGCCGAGCCGUCAGUGCUUCUGACACACUGGUCAAAAAUGUUCUGGGCCUAUGUGCUAGCACAGUUGGGUGGUGGUCUCUGGGCAGUGGAAUUGCCAGAGGUGAGCUGCUUGGAGGCUUCUUGGGCACCAGCGGCUUCUUCGGAUCCAACUUAGUAAAGCCGAGCCCGGCCGGGCUAACGGCUAUCUGGACCUGCGGGGCCGGGAGCUGCCCUACUUCCCUGGCCGUCUGGUUCUUCGAUUGGGCUUGCUGCAGCACGUGUUGCACCAUCGUCUCUGGUGCUGUGCUGGAGCGUGCCCGAAGUUCGACCUAUGCAGUCUUUGCCUUCCUGCUCUCUGGCAUAGUCUACCCCGUGGUGGUGGCCUGGACUUGGGGAGGGGGCUGGCUCUCGGACUUCCUGGAGGUAGGGUACACCGACUUUGCCGGGGGCUGCGUGGUCCACGUGCUUGGUGGAUCGGGCGCUCUCAUGGGGGCCGUCCUCAUGGGCUCCAGACACGACCGCUUUGAGCGACGGGAGGCUUUCGACCCUCACAACCUUCCACUUUUGGUCCUCGGCACCCUCUUCCUUUGGGUAGGCUGGCUCACUUUCAACAUGGGCUCGGUGGGCUCCAUGCACGAUGCCGCUUCUGCGGCCCUGGCAGCCCAGAUAGCUGUCAAUACCACCCUCGCUGGAUCCAGCGGUGGUCUGGUUGUGUUCCUGUUCCGCUUCAUCACGACUGGAAAAUAUGAUGUGGCGGGCAUGUGUAACGGAAUAUUGGCCGGUGCAGUCUCUGUGACAGCUGGUUGCGGCAACGUGCAGGCCUCUAGUGCUUUAGCCAUGGCUUCAAUAGGAGGUCUCGUCUACUGUGGCUUUUCGGGUCUCUUGCGGAAGAUGCGCAUCGACGAUCCUGUGGAUGCUUUCGCCGUCCAUGGCGCCUGUGGGGUCUGGGGGUCGCUCGCAGCAGCACUCUUCGACUGGGGGGGCUUGGAGAACUACCAUGGUCGGAAUGGCUGGACCUGUGUAACAGCCGGUUCAGGGGACAGGGCCUGCCUAGAAGGGGCUUUUGCCAAGGCCAUCCUAGUGCAGGUUCUCUUUCUCGCAUCUGUGAUAGCUUGGGCCUCAUUGUGGUCCUUCCUUUUUUUUAAACUCUUGAUCCACGUUGCUGGCUUCCGGAUUGAAGACAGCAUCGAGAAGGCUGGGCUGGACUCUGCAGAGCUGGCCCAGAAGAAAGCUUACUCCCUGCAGGAAAGGGAGAGUCCCAACUCCUGGCGGGUCUUGUGGUCCUAG